AUGAAAUUUUAUGCGUAUCAACCACAAGUUGCUCCUGCACCGAAUACAACCACCACCCAGGAAGAGCAACAACAGAAUACAACUAAAAAUAAUACCAACACUACUGCUUUUAUUAACCCCAAUAAGCCAAGAUUACCAUCAAUACACUCAAUGCUAAAUCCUUCUUUCGGUAACGAAUCUGAUCAUACUAAUAACAUCAACCCCACAAAUGAUCCAAUUUACAACACUCCAAAUUCUACUUUCAACACAGGAACUUUUUUACCUGCCUCUGCAUCAUUAUCAUCAGCAUUAUCAUCAUCAUCAUCAUCGUCGUCAUCAUCAGCAUCUUCCGCGUCAUACAAUUCUUCUACGUGGUCUUCUGGCUGUAAUUAUUAUGCGACCCCGAAUAGAAAUUCCGACCAAUCUUCCGAUUUAACAAUACAACAAAAUACGUCCGGUAAUAAUGACGUACUAAACUUAAUUCAAAGAUACAAUAGUUUGAUCCAUGAACUAAACUAUAUUAAAAGUAAUGAUUACGUCACAACUCCAAGUAGUUUAAAUGACAUGUACAUCCAUGCACAAAGAUUGCAUCAACAAAUUCAAUCCACUAUAGAACUCAAUAAUAACAAUAGCAACGCCAGUAGUAAUAUUGGACAUGAGGGGCAAACAAAUAAUUCAACUGUCAACGCAAUUACUUCAUCAUAUCCAUAUUCUACUGUAGAUACUACCAAUAACAAGUUACAACAAACCCCACCUCAUCUUAUUCAACGUAUGAAUGAUGAUUCAAAACAUUUUUUACCUCACUGCUUAAUCCCAACUACUCAUAAUAACGCAAACUACCAUUACUAUUAUUCACCAACCUCUCCUACUAAUACUGCUCAGUCUCAUUUCUUCAAUUUACCUCCUCCUCCGCCACCUCCUCCACAACAUCACCAUAUACCACAGCAGUAUUUGCCAAAUGUGCACUCCUUACCAUGUCAGCCCCUAGAUCAACCUCAAGCGAAACAGCUCACCCCAACAGUAUCACAUCAAAAUAACAACAAUAACAUUAUCGUUCAAGCAUUGAAUGAUACUUUUAAGACAAGAAGAAUUUACACAAGAAAAGGCAGAAAGUUUAAGCAAAUUAAAUCAAACUCAAAUGAUUUAACUUCAACUGCCAAUUCUCUCGCUGAAAAACUGUCUUCUCAACAAUCUAACCUUAAUACUAGAUACAAUAAUGACAAGACAAAAUGUUUACACUGUGAUGAAAUUGAUACUCCCGAAUGGAGAAGGGGACCUUACGGUAACAGAACUUUAUGCAAUGCAUGCGGACUAUUUUAUAGAAAAUUAGUUAAAAAAUUCGGUAACAAGAAUGCAAACCUUUUAAUGAGAUUCAACAAGUUAAUCAACCCUGAAGAUCGCAGAAUUCCAUUGGAAUUUUUCGUUCCAGGAGAAGUCGUUAAGUCUUUAGAUAGCGAUCCAACGUUGGACUCUGACUAUUUUACAAAAAUUGAAUCACCUUAA